CUCCGACAUCAGAAACCAGAGAAAAAGCAAGCUCUACUUCCUCACAAGCAGAGGCAGAAGACAGAAGGAAACCUCCCUUCUCAUCAUGAACGGAAAAGUCCUUGUCGCUGGCUUGGCUCUUUUCCUGCUCUACGCAGCGGUGGCAGAAGGGAUGAGCCUGUCCCAGACGGCCAGUGAUCAAUCCUGCCAGUGUAUCAGCACAGACUCCAAGUUCAUCCCCCCCAGAAGGAUUCAGGACGUGACGCUGACCCAGAGUGGCCCUCACUGCCAGAACAUGGAAAUCAUUGCUACUCUGAAGGACGGCAGAGAAGUGUGUUUGGAACCCACCGCUCCAUGGGUGAAGCUGAUCGUUAAGGCAAUUUUGGACAAAGCUCAAGCCAAUGGUGAAACAAUGCUGUAAGAAAAGCCAAAGAAGAAAAACCACUGCUGUUCUCCAGUUUCCUCAUGAAGGAAACAUCUCUCUGAAAAUGCUGGCUAGUCUGUAAGCAUUCUGUCUCCUUCUGCUAGCACCAUCUAUUCAUUCAUUUACUGAGAAGCAUCGUUAAGAGACUUUUUAAAAAAUGUCUUCUAGAAUAUGGGACUUUGGAAAGCUGAGAAAACUGGAUAGGGAAAAGUGAUUUGCUGAUGAAAUGAAGACUUGUUGGAAAUGAAAUAACAGACGCUGUUAAGACACGGUUAUUUGGAAAAAAAACCCUUCUCUCGAAAUAACCCUUAUUCCCAGGGCUCAACAAUUAAUGUAAUCUACACGCCCAUGUUUAGUAGAUUUUAGCCUGGCGUGGCCAAGCAGAGCAGUUAGCGCAUGCACAGCGCGUGGAAGUGCGUGGCUUGCGAGCGAGGCUUGCUGUUGUUUGGCGAGUCCUGCUUAUUCCUCAUACAACGAGGUUUACCAGUUAUUUUGAGAGAAAGGUUUUCUCUUGAAGUAACCACGUCUUAACAGAAUAUGGGUAUGUCUACACAGCAAAGUUAUUUCGAAAUAACAGCCCUUAUUUCCAAAUAACUUUCCUAGCAUCUACGCAGCCAAACUGCUAUUUUGAAAUAAAUAAGCGGGUGCUUAUUUUGAAUUUGGUAAACCUCAUUCUACAAGGAAUAACGCUAAAUUCGAAAUACCUAUUUUGAAAUAAGUGCUGUGUAGACACUUAUUUCAAAAUAGGGUGCCUCCAGUAUUCCGAGGGAGCCCUGGUGGCCACUCUGGCCUCCACCAAGAACACUCCACUCCCUCCCCCGCUCCCUGGAGCCCUUAAAGGGGUAGGCUGUGGCCACAGUGCCUGUUCCACCUCCAAGCCUGCCAGCCCAGAGCCAGCAGUCACUGCCCCUAACCCAGUGGUCCCAAAACAUGAGCUAGCAAGCCACUGGCAUCAGCCCUCCACCACUCCCCAGGAGCAAUCUGCCAGCUCCCAGGAGCUUGCCAGGUCCAGGAGAACGUGGGCGUCUUCCUGGUCUAGGGUGGAGAUCAUGGACCUUAUUCAGGUUUGGGGGGGUUGCCCCCAAUGUCCAUGAUCUCUGCACUAAAUGGAGGAGUGCGGCCGUCUAUGGCAGGAUAGCUGCCAGCCUGGCCACCAAAGGCCACAA